AUGACAAUAACACUAGUUAAACCAAUAGGGAGAUCCCAUAUUCACAAUACUCGUUCAAUAAAAGAUCUACCGCCUCUAAUUAUUGGAGGAGCGGUAUUUAAUUAUAUUUAUACUUCUGACCCGGCAGGUAUUCCAGCUUAUGAUUUGCUCGACCUCGCUUUCAAGAAUGGUCUAUUAGCUAUAGAUACAUCCCCCUACUACGGAAGAUCAGAGGAGCUCCUAGGAAAAGCUUUGAAGCAGUUAGACGGCAAAUGGGCGCGUGAGUCCUAUUUCAUUUGCACAAAGGCUGGAAGAAUAGGCGAGGAUGAGUUCGACUAUUCGAGAGAAAGCGUUAGGAAAUCGGUGUUACGGUCACUUGAGAGAUUGAAUACUACGUACCUUGAUUUAGUGUACAUGCAUGAUAUUGAAUUUGUCAACGAGGAAGAAAUUUACGGUGCCUUGAAAGAAUUGCGUCUGAUGAAAGAUGAGGGGUUAGUGAAGAAUAUAGGCAUAUCAGGGUAUCCAGUGAAGCUAUUAUAUAAAGUUGCUUUACAAUGUUAUACGAAUUAUGCGAAUACAAUCGGUCCUAUAGAUGCUGUAUUGUCGUAUUCGAACGGGUGUCUUCAAAAUACAAUUUUAUGUGAUUUAUACCAAGAUUUUUUCGAUAAAUGUGGAAUAAAGAAGUUGAUGAACGGAUCGAUCUUGAGUAUGUCGUUAUUGAAUUCAAGAAAGACUCUUGAUUUUCACCCGGCCUCUCAGGAGUUGAAAGAAAAAAUUGCAGAAAUUGCAGAACAUUUGAAGAUUAACCACAACGACUUGGAACUUGCAGAUUUGUCUACACGAUUUGCGUAUAAGAAAUGGUUGUUUGGAAGUCCAAAUGGAGAUGAAAAAUUUAACAAUUUGACCUGGAACAAAGAUUGUUCGAUUGUUUUGGGGGUUUCUAACAUAGAAGAGUUGGAAGCAGCCAUAAGUAACUAUUGGCUCGUAAAGGAUAACAUAGGGAAUGUUAAUGAUAAGGAUCAAAUUCUCUUUGAUGAGGUAAAAGAUCUUCUUGGUCCAAAGCACUAUAAUGAGACAUGGAAAAGUGGCCUUGCUCAAAAUAACAAUAAUUAG